CAGAAGUUAUGACUUGCGGUAGAAAAUGAUGGAGAAAAUCCAGGCUAUUAGAAUGUUCGGAAUUAUGCAGUAGCGAGUCCUCCGAUUUAGCAGCAAGGAAAGGGCUUCAUGCUAUUGAUGUUACAGUUUUGGCUAGACAUUUUGCUCUCCCAUGUACUGUGAGCUUUGCGGGGGAAAGUAGUGCAGAAAAUCACGGCCUUUUCACGACUACUCAAAAGUAAUCUUCCCGAGUUCAAUGAUUCCCUGACUUAUUCUCAGAUAAUUAAAGCCUGUCGAGCAUGGAUGCUGUUGCCAGCCACAGCUGUCAUCUUCUUCAGCAGCUCCGUGAUCAACGUAUCCAAGGCCUUCUUUGUGAUUGCAUGCUUGUGGUCAAAGGAGUUUGUUUCAAAGCACAUAAAAAUGUAUUGGCUGCAUUCAGCCAGUAUUUCAGGACCCUGUUUCAAAAUUCUGCAGGCCAGAAGAAUGAUGUCUUUCACCUGGAUAUUAAAAAUGUAGGUGGCAUAGGCCAGAUCUUGGACUAUAUGUACACAUCUCAUCUUGACCUCAACCGGGACAAUGUACAAACGUUGUUGGAUAUUGCACAGUGUCUGCAAGUACAAAAUGUUUUGAACAUAUGUCGCUCAUUUUUAAAAACCUCCACAGCUGUAGAGCAACCAGCCAGUAUACCUUGUAACGAUGCCUUCUCAUUGCAAAAUAUGACUGCAGAUACUAACUGUGACAGUUAUAGUACUAAUUUACUGCAUGUAUGUUCAUCCCCUGUGGAAUCUUGUAAAGUCUUGGAUGAUCAUCAUCUACAUGGGCCACAGCCUGUCGCACUUCACAUCUCAUCUGGUGAUGUCAGUAAACAGAAACAAGAUUCCAUGGACGCUAGUUGCACAGAUUGCUCGUUUAAACAGCCAAAUUACCAUUACAAACUCCGUAAUUUUUAUAGCAAACAGUUCUACAAGCAAACUACUUGUCCCAGCAACAAGAGUUCAUCAGAACCAUCCUUUGAUUUCAGUGCCUCUGCAGAACAAAACACAGUUAAGAAUGAUUCAUGCACCAUCAAUCAGUCUGAAUGUGUUUUGGAAUCAUCCAGUCACUUAUCACCAUCCUUUCUGGUUCAACCCUUAAACGAGCGUUCAGAGGAGCAAGAUUUAGAAGGCACAUCUUUACAGCCAGCCAGAGAGAUGAGGCUUAAAAAAGCUAUGCAUCUUAAAAAACUGAACUUCCUGCGAUCUCAGAAGUCCCCCGAACAAUCUUCUGUACUUAAAAUUCCUAAUGGAGACAUUGCAAGGGAAACAGAGUUAGAAAGGGAAAGUAGCACCAAAAGUGCAAAUACUGAUGCCAUUGAAAGAAAGGCAGUUAAGCAUGUAGUGAGUUCAGAGUGCUUGGAGCAAAGUGUAGAACUUGAGCCCUCUCAGGAACCCUCUGAGCCAGGUAGCCAGCUGCAAAUGUUCCUUUCAGAGAGGCAGUAUCCUUGUGCAUUAUGUGGAAAGGCUUUUAAACAUCCAAGCAAUCUGGAGCUCCACAUAAGAUCUCAUACAGGUGAGAAGCCAUUUGAGUGUAACAUUUGUGGAAAAUGUUUCUCACAGGCAGGUAAUCUUCAGACUCAUUUACGCCGGCACUCUGGUGAAAAACCUUACAUCUGUGAAAUCUGUGGGAAAAGGUUUGCUGCAUCUGGGGAUGUCCAGCGCCACAUUAUUAUUCACACUGGAGAAAAACCCCACCUAUGUGAUAUUUGUGGUCGUGGCUUUAGUAACUUCAGUAACUUGAAGGAACACAAGAAGAACCAUACAGUAGAAAAAGUUUUCACCUGUGAUGAGUGUGGAAAGUCGUUUAAUUUACCACGGAAGUUAGUAAAGCACAGGAUCAGACAUACAGGAGAGAGACCCUACAGUUGCUCGGCUUGUGGAAAAUGCUUUGCAGGGUCAGGUGACUUACGAAGACACAUCCGGACUCAUACAGGGGAAAAGCCAUAUAAUUGUGAAACUUGUAACAAAUGCUUCAGUCGUUCUGCUGUCUUACGUCGACACAAAAAAAUCCAUUGUAAAGCUGGCAAUGAAGGACCAAAUAUGCUAGAUGAGUUUACUCAGGCAGUAGAAAUUUCAGACCUUGAGAAAUCCCAAAGUUCAGAUUCAUUUACCCAAGAAAUAUCAGUAACUUUAUUGCCAGUGUCAGUGAAGUUUCCCAUCCACCCAAAUGGAAAUUCAUCUAAUGAAGUUGAUAGUUCUGGGGCAACAUUUUGCAAGAUGCAAUCCACUGUACAACAGAAUGAUUGUAUAAAUCAUCAGAAACUGAGUCUGGAUCCUACUACACUUCACAAAUCUCAGGAAAGACCCAGUCGGCCGUGCUGUUCCAAAGAAAUGGAUCUGCCACCUGAGGAAGAACCUUUGCAGUCCGAUGGUGUUCCCAUGAUUCGUUCCUCCAUGAGCACGCUGGGUAGCAGUUGUACGGAACUUAGUAGCCGUGUACCAUCUACUGAAUACAGAAAUAGCGAAGGGCCGUUCUUCUCUAGUGUGACCCUUUGGGGGUUAGCAAUGAAGACUUUGCAGAAUGAGAAUGAGUUGGGUCAGUAAGAGAUUGUACUGAGGCUUUUGCAGCUUGUAAGAAGGUUAUUCUUGAAAGGUGUUCCUAUAAAUAAAGCAUUUAUAUAGUGCUUUAAAGUA